ACUCGGCAGCGUCCUAACACAGAAGAGACUGAAAACAGCUCUGGAAUUUAACCAAGAUGAUUCCACUUGAAACACCUAAAGAUAUCUCUCAUGUGAAUUUCUUUCCUAAUAUUCUUCAGGCAUUAACAAAGGAGACUGUGGCUCAGGGACUAAAGGAGGGCCAGUUGAGCAAAGAGAAAUGUUCCUCUGCAUUUCAAAACCUUCUUCCUUUCUAUAGCCUUGUGGUGGAAGACUUCAUCAAAAUCUUACAUGAAGUAGAUAAGGCCCUUGCUAAUGACCUGGAGGAAAGCUUCCCAAGUUUGAAGGUUCAUACUUAAAAACCGAAUUGGAAUUCCUUCUGUACCAGAAAUAAAUUUUAUUUUCCUCAUCGACUA